AGCAUUUUGGUUCAUUAUCAAAAUCAGAAGGGGCUUUUUAUAUUACAACGAAUACAAUCCAAAAAUGGAUUUUAAAAAAAUAAUUGAUUUGAAGUGUAGUGAAUAAACAAAUAUUGUGCUUAAUGUCGUCACCAUAAAGUACUAUACCAUACAGCACGAAUCAAGCGCUAGAGAAGACAAGGGCCGCUUUUUUAGAGUACUAGUCGUGUGCUCUCUUUCUCUAUUCAACUCAUAAUUAGAAAAAAAGCGUGUGUAACAAUUGAAAACAUUGAUGAAGUAGUAAAUGGAUUUAGUUUAUUUGUUAGGGGAUUGGCGACAUCUCGACAAAAUCAAUAUGUGAAAUAUUGGUUUAUUUUCAUCGCGCAACGAUCAUAACAAGAGGGACAUCGACUAGGAUACGCAUACCAUACACAUACGCACCAACAACACAAAAAUCAAAGCCAACACAGUUAGCCAAUAAAUUUUUUUAGGAUUUAAUCAAAGUAGCUAUACAUAGAAACAAUGGAAGUGACGCCAAAUUAUUCGUACGUUUUCGAUUUCGAGAGCGAAUUCAUACAUCAAGAUACGCGCAAAUGGAUGAUCAAAAAUUGGACAUGGGUGUUUUAUUAUUGUGGUGUUUACAUGCUUAUCAUUUUUGGCGGACAAUUUUGGAUGCAAAAUAGGCCUAGAUUCGAAUUACGCGGUCCACUUGUAAUAUGGAAUUCAGCAUUGGCAAUAUUUAGUAUUAUCGGCGCUAGUCGAACUGCACCAGAGUUAAUUCAUGUUCUACGUCAUUAUGGGCUAUUCCAUUCAGUUUGUGAUCCAAGUUACAUCGAACAAGAUCGAGUGUGCGGAUUUUGGACGUGGCUAUUUGUUUUAUCGAAAUUACCCGAAUUGGGCGACACCAUAUUCAUUGUGUUGCGAAAACAACCGUUAAUCUUCUUGCAUUGGUAUCAUCACAUCACUGUGCUAAUUUACUCAUGGUUCUCGUACACAGAAUACACAUCAUCGGCCCGAUGGUUUAUUGUUAUGAAUUACUGCGUACAUUCCGUUAUGUAUUCGUAUUAUGCAUUGCGUGCGAUGGGCUAUAAGCCGCCACGUUUUAUUUCAAUGGUGAUUACAGCAAUGCAAUUGACACAAAUGAUUGUUGGCUGUACAAUUAAUUUGUGGGCAUAUGAUUAUUUGCAAACAAUGCACCCGUCGGCCUGCAACAUUUCACCAAUCAACAUAAAACUAUCCAUUGCCAUGUAUUUUAGUUACUUUGUAUUAUUUGCUCGAUUCUUCUACAUUACAUAUUUGUCACCAAAUGCACGAAAAGGAAAGCAUGCAUUCAACAAUACGGUGCGCGGCAAUCGACAACAACAAGUACAAACCGAUUCGGAUGCCGUACAUCAAACAAAACUCACACGAGAUGCGUCAAAUGGUGUCACCGCCCGAAUGUCACUUCUCGCCGGAAAAUCCGAUAAAUUCAAGGAGCAAUAAAAACAACUCACAUACCAAGCGCAGACCAUUCUUUUCAAGAGAAAAUAAAAUUGAAAACAAAACAAAAAAAAUUGUCUAAAAUGUGAAGGAGUCAAGCAGAGAUAGAAAUUAUUUCGGUGGCAAAACAAAAAGCGGCAAAAAAAAUAUUUUUUUUUCUUUCGGUGAAGUUGCCAAAAGCAUCGUGUACAUUUAGAUGAGUUCGAAGAGCUUUAUAAACUUAUAUAUACAGAAUUAAACAAUUGACAGCUUUUAAAGCUACAUUACGCACCUAUAUUUUUUUGGGUGGAUUUUCACCGUAUUCACGACAGAUGCACUUGGGAUUCAUCUAUUUGAAAGAGUGAAGAGAGAGAAAAAGAAAUUUACAAAGCAAACAUAUUCGACGGCAUUACAAAGCAAACAAACACAUACACACACAACAUGAGAGUUAAAUUUUCGCGCAAGAUAAUUCAAAAUAAUAUCUAAAAUACGCAACAAAAACAGUAUAUUCAGAUAUUUAGGUGAUAACAAUUUGAUGGAAAGAAAGAACAAAUUAAACAGCAAUUUUUUUCAUUAGAUUUUAACUGGAGGAAAGGGAAUAUGAAAUUUAGUUUUUUUUUUGUAUUGCAUUGAGUCAUUGACGCUGUCGCUGUUCACACAGCUCAAAAACCAUAACGACUAAUUGAAUUAGUUCAUUUUUGGAAAUUGAUUCAAAUUUAAAUUUGGACAUAUUUCAAUCGCAUAAAAUGACAGAUGGAGAAAAAAAUUAAUUGUUAUUAAUGUCCUUUACACAAUACUUUAUUUUUAAGAGUAUCGCGCCUUGUGUAAUAAAUUCUCAAUACAUGUUCUAAAGCAAAAUGAAAAAAAAAAA